GAAAGUAGAAAGGCGAGCCGGGCCGGACCCACAGUCCUGUUCCAGAGUCCCUUUGGAGGAGAGAGAGAACGGCGGCAGCGCGAGUGCGAUCCGCGAUAUACGAGUGCAGUGAUGAGUGAAUGAUUUUACACUUAUAUCGGAUUCGAUCAUCACACGAUUCACCUAAUAACCAGGGGCUUCAUCAGGCAGCCGGUUCGCAAGAGGAAUCGACUUUAAAAUGCUGAAGAGUUAGCUGAGACCUACUUGGCUCUUGUCUGACAAAGGGAGCCAUGCCGGCCCUAACACUGUUUGGCCGCAAGUGGCUGGCAGGGACGGACGAUAUGGUUUUCCCUUGCCUCAUCGAACUUUUCAUCAGAGGACUUUGGAUGACGCUUAUAGGCGUGGCGACCUGCAGAUACUACCUGGCGACUUAUGGCUGCACAUCGGGAGGAGAUAUAAUUCGGGCGUACUUAAUCGGAAAACUCUCAAUCCUGGGACUAGUCAGCGUUUUAUUAGUUGUGAUAAUAAACAGAAGCGCACAGGGAUCUAUCGUCGAUGUCUAUUCCAGGAGGCACGUGCCAAAACUGCUUGCCAUUAAGAUAAUCUUGUUGGGGCCAGAAGUCGCGUGGAACGUCAUGGGCUCGAUAUGGGCUUACAUGAACAUCGUACAUUGCAGCGACUACGACCACUACACGAACACGGUGAUUGACGUGCUGGUCUGCCUCGACUGGCUUCUUUUUGCUCUGGCCGUCUUCACUCUUUUCAUGGUGAUCGAUCCUAUCGGAUCUGUCAAGUUGAGCGGCUCGCAGCCAGACCUGACCCUGGACUCGCUCCACCACCGGAAGGUGACGUCCGUCUGGCUCCGCCGUUUCAGAUGGAUCUUCUGCUGGAUCAUAAGGGACAAGCAGUCGCACGAGGCUUUCACCCAAGUUGCCGGCCUUAUGAGCUCCAUGUUCCGCGACACAGACCUCGUACCGACAGAUAUCAUCUCUGGCUUCGUACUUCUCAGGGUGAAACAGAAAAGGGAGUCCCGUGAACAGAGAAGGAUCGAGCUGAUUGCAGAGCAAAGGCUCAAAUAUACAACAGAUGUCAAAGAAGCAUUCCUAGGCCAACCGAGUUGGAUGAGCCUCGAGAAGGCAGAACACUAUAUGACGCUUUCCUUGUCCAGCUACGGGUGUCCAAUGAUCAUGAUGCUCCAUUGUUUCACAGGCAUUUUCAAAUUACUAGCGCACUCAACAUGCUGUGCUUGUUUCAGAUCAAAGCCUACUCUAGUCAGAGGGGACAACUGUUGCCUAUGCCAGCUUGCUGGCGUGAAAGCUCUCUCUAAAUUAUCAGACAAAGAAAUUUUGUACGCUUCGUUCAAAAAUUAUAUAUUUGAGCCCCAGUUUAUCGUCAUCGCAGAUCACAAAACGAGUAGCAUAGUGAUCGCCAUCCGUGGCACACUGUCUAUGAGGGAUGUUUUCACAGAUUUGACUGUCGUCCCUGAAAAGCUCGAAGGAAAAGGCAUUCCUCCUGGCAGUUUGGCUCAUAAAGGCAUGCUGAUGUGUGCAACAAUGCUCAAGAAACAACUAGACGAAAAUCACAUUUUGGACAAAGCUUUCCAGACAUUCCAAAAUUACGGAUUAAUUUUGACUGGUCAUAGCCUUGGGGCAGGGACUGCAAUAAUUUUAGGAUUCCUUCUACGCCCAUCUUUUCCAGAUUUAAAGGUGUAUGCAUUUUCAACUCCAGGAGGUUUACUGUCGAGGAAAGCGUCAGCGGAGUCUGAAAAGUUCGCAAUGUCCGUCGGUCUAGGGGAUGACUUCAUAAUGAGGCUCAGUGUACAUAAUUUUGAGGAUCUUCGUAUCCAAUUGUUCAACGUUCUGCAAUCGUGCAGGCUGCCCAAGUACCGGGUUUUCUUAAACGGAUUCGGGUACACGUUGUUUGGAAUUCCAUCCCGAGAUUUAGAAUCUACAUGGAGGAACGACAGGCCGACACCGAGGUUCAGACCACCAGAACAACAACGUAGAGUCCUCAUUCCACCGCACAGUGACGUACUAUCAAGACGGUAUUGCAAAGUACCAAUGUACACUGCUGGAAAAUUAUUGCACAUAGCACCAAAAAGAAAAACAAAAGAUGAAAAGAAGUCUGAAGACGACGAAACUUAUGAAAUGAGGUGGUUGAGUCCUGAAGAUUUUCUCGAGCUGAGGAUAAUGCCUCGAAUGCUGCUCGACCAUUUACCUCAUAAUAUCUUAAAAGCUAUUAAAACAGUAUUGGAGGAACAAAGAACUGAAAUAAUUGAUUACCCAAAAAUAACCAUUAUAUGAAUGUACUAAUGGAUACUCAAGUGAUAUUUUUAUAUGGAUCUGAUAUACUCUCAACUAGAGAGGCUAACAUGACAAUGUGAUUUUUUGUAAAUAAACAAACUGCCAACGGCUA